AUGGAAAAGCUCCGGGACCGAGAACUUGAGGUGAGUCCGAAGCCUCGCCAUCCCGCUGACUACAAAAAGCAUUGGAAGGAGGCAGAGAGCGCGACCUUUCAGAUUGUAAGGAUCGAAGAUAUGAGUGUGUCAGAUGUCAUGCGCUUCGUGCUCAACAGUGCCGGGCAUUAUUGUUGGCAAGACGCUUUUUUAUCCUCCGAACUGGAAUCCAUUUAUCGCCACAGCCACGUCGUCCAUACUCUCCUUACAACAGGCUGGCAGAACCCCAAUGAUCAAUGCACUAUCUGCUUUAAAGAACUUCGAGAUCGAAUUUUUCGUACGACGCACGUCACAUGCGGUCAAUGUGGAAGAGCAGCACACAAGGUCUGUGUUGGCGCCGUCAAGCGAGUAAGGCAACCGAUCCAGGAUGACCAGUGCUAUAUCUGCGAGGACAGAGCUGAGUGGGGAGUCGAAAAAUACUCUGAGCAGAGAAAGGCUCGGCCGGCUGUUCCCGUCAACACGACCGUUACUCCGGCGGUAUCUCAACCAGCAAAGAAAGUUGGCCAACACUCUUUCCAGACUUUUAUCAGCCAUUGUUCUUCCUCCGACGUGUCUUCAAUAUCUUCUUUAUCCGAUCUUUCAUAUCUUAGCCAGCUCUUCGGCAAAAAAGAAGCGUCAUACUCUCCACAUUAUCAGCAACCGAAAUGUCAACCUACCUCCCAUAAAACUGAUGGACAACAGGUGUCCAUCGAAUCGCGGAGUUGGCCCCCUCCUUCCGUUCCUUCAACCCAGCCGAUUCGACCAAAAACUGCAAAUGUGCGGAUGAGCGCACCUGUUCCACAGAGUCAUACGCCUGUUCCACUCCCGGCUAUAGCAUUUGCCCUGUUCCUGCCUACUGACCUGUCUCUUCAGCCGAACUCGCCGGUUUCCAUUCGAGUUAAACCUAUCAUUGAAGAUGAGGCGAGGUAUACUCCAUCCAUUUCUGAUAAGCCUGCUGACAGUGUCGACCGUCAACUGUCUACCAUAAAUAGCAAACCUGCAGACAUCUCAGCUAAUGCCUCCUCUCCUGCUGCUCCAUCCAUUACAUCCCAGUCGCCAACUUCCGGUGCUCGACCUGCUGCUGGUUCUUUUGCCGAUAAUGGAACCGCCACCGCCAGCAAAUCUCCUUCUACAAUCAGGACCAGAAUCCAAAAUCAUCAGCGAAAAGUGGGAGAGCUAAAGCAGAUAUUUGAGCGUUUGGCAAAAGAGUCAAAACAGGGAGAAAGCUACAGAAGAAAGCUGAAGCGGAGCCCAGACAUACUGAGGAGAGUUCUGCUGAGUGACCCGCUGUGGGAUUGA